CCUCUGCGUCACUGUCGUUGUCACCGCCACAGUAACCAUGGCGAUGAGCGUAGCGGUGGGCCGCGAUGCCAAGUGGCUGACGCUGGAGGUGUGCCGGGAGUACCAGCGCGGCACCUGCUCCCGCUCCGACCAGGAGUGCAAGUUCGCCCACCCCGCGCGCAGCUGCCACGUGGAGAACGGACGCGUCAUCGCCUGCUUCGACUCGCUCAAGGGCCGCUGCACGCGUGACAACUGCAAGUACCUUCACCCCCCGCCGCACCUGAAGACGCAGCUGGAGAUCAACGGCCGCAACAACCUGAUCCAGCAGAAGACCGCCGCCGCCAUGUUGGCUCAACAGAUGCAGUUCAUGCUGCCCGGAGCGCAGCUGCAGCCCAUUAUGCAGUUCAUGCUGCCCGGAGCCCAGAUGCAGCCCAAUACCUCGUUCCCCAUGUCCCCCUCGCUGACGGCCAACCCCGGCAUGCCGUUCGGCCCGUACCUGGGCCACAUGGGGGGCGGCGGCAUGGGUCUGGUUCCGGAGCUCAUGCCCAGCGGCCCGCUACUGAUGCCCGGCAGCCCCACCGCCACCACCAUCACCAUGGGCAACGGGAACGCACACUCGCACGGUGGCACGCAGAAGCUCCAACGCACAGACAAGCUAGAGGUGUGCCGUGAGUUCCAGCGAGGAAACUGCACGCGGGGCGAGAGCGACUGCCGCUACGCCCACCCCAUGGAGGCGGCCAUGGUGGACGGCAGCGAGAACUCGGUCAUCGUCUGCAUGGACUACAUCAAGGGCCGCUGCACGCGCGACAAGUGCAAGUACUUCCACCCGCCCGCCCACCUGCAGGCCCGCAUCAAGGCAGCACAGCACCAGGCCAGCCACAACGCCAACGCCGCCGCUAUGGGGUUGCCCCCUGGCUCCAUGCAGCAGCUCCCCAAGCGGCCCUCCCUAGAGAAGAGUAACGGGGCGUCGGCGGCGGUCUUCAACCCCAGCAUGUUCCACUACCAGCAGGCCCUGGCCAACAUGCAGCUGCAGCAGCCCACCUUCAUCCCCACAGGGCUGUUCAAACCCCCAGAGAGUCGUUGGGAGAGGAGGGACUGGAGCAGUUGCAGACAGCCCCACAAUCGCCUCCUAUCAAUGCCCGGACACGCUGACCCCUCCGAGGUAUUGAGCGCUGACCCGGUGGACCUCCAGUGCAUUCCAAUGGAGACCUACUUCUGCCCCGUCCCCAAACUCUUCGUGGCAGCAGCGGCGACGGGAGCCCCCAUGACCCUGAGUCCUGUAAGCCUCAACCGAAACUCCAGUUAGCUCACGGAAACGCCUAAACAUCAGCCUGUUGUUUGAUUGUGACAUUGUGCCACGGGAGCACGGAACACGGAAUGCGGAAUACGGAAUCACGGAAUGCAGCAAACGUGCCUAAUCACUCUUAACGUUCCUCCCAGUGUAAUGGGGGGAGCUAUACAUUCUCUCUCUCUCUCUCUCUCUCUCUCUCUCUCUCUCUCUCUCUCUCUCUCUCUCUCUCUCUCUGUCUCUCUGUCUCACUGAAACAUUUCUCUGAAAACAUUGUGGAUUUGAAAACGAAUGAAAAAAAGAAAAAUGACAAAGGAUUUGUUUAAGGAAAAACAAAUGAAAACAAAAAAACUGAAUCAAACGCAGGCAAUAGCUAAGUUUGGGCCCACAACUGUUAAAGGAAGUCAGCCAUGUUGUUCUUGAAACAAGAGGUUGCUUUUUUUUUUUACAAAGCACGGUGACAGACAUUUGUCGAAAAGCAGGUAUAAAGCAAAGAGCUCCCUAGUCCUAACAGCCAUAUAGACAGAUACGCAGAUGUUCUGAGAAGAGAAGUUCGAAGCACAGCAAGAAGGAAUGCUGGGAUGUCUUGAUUCAGGUACUGUAGCCCCUGCCACAGGCCCCUGGAUACGCUGAGGACCACAGUUGAGGUACACAGUCACAGGACGACAACACAGCGGAGCAGAGCACAUGGGUCCUCAUUGGCCGUUAGUUUGCCACAAAAACAUGAGAUGAACGCAAGAGGGAUCUUGUGCCUGUGUUAAACAAGCAUUUUUGGUUUUUUGACAAGAGAUGUUCUAAGGCCUUUUGCUUUUGUUUUGUCUCUUGGAUUUUGUUUUUAAAUGAUGUUGUCGGGUGAUGGUCAUUAUGGUAUUCGCCUCCUGUUGUGGCAGCAAAGAUCGAAAUGGUGAUCCUGAAAGAGCGUUUGUCAUGUUUACAUUUCAAAAAAUGGCUGUAGAACACCUGUUCAGUUGGUGUGGUGUUUUGUUUUGUUUGUUUGUUUGAUCGUAUUUCGAUUAGGCUAUGAUUGUAAAAAAACCAACUUAUUCCAAAACAGCAUCCACAGCUAGACAGCUUCGGGCCAGAAUGGCGCCCUCCCUUUGUCAAUUUGUCUGUGCCUUUGGGUGACAAUCUAAAAAAAAAGGACGAUAACAGGCUCCUUUCUGAUUGUUAUGUCUUUUUUUCCCCUUUUACUGUUGCCAUGAGGGAAUGUCAUAUUGGCUGGUAACCCGGGUAAUGGUUCUUUUUUAGUGCCAGAUUGGACGAUACCGUCUCUCCAGUCCUCAGGCUACUGGGAGUUUGAUCAGACAUUCAGUGAUUACAUCCCACAACAUCUGGUCCUGUUCUCUGUCUGUUGUGUCUUUUUUAGCCUAUCCACUGGAGGGCUUACUCAGAGUACAUGUGGAAUAUGUAAUGGGGUGGUGUAUGGAAUACAUGGACGGAUUGGGAAAUAGAAUGUGGAAUAAUUAGCCCUUUGAGGAGUAAAUUACCGUACAUUUAUGACUCAAACAUUCUACAGCUUCCAUGGCUGUUAAAGAAAAUCCUCCAAAGUGCUUGUGACCUCAUACUGAGACCUGGACAUUUGACUAAAAUUCUAAUCACAUACAGUAUGUGAUGGUACUCCUCUGUGGGUUAAUGGACUGGAGAGAUGGUCUCGAGGCCACUGCGCACCCCCAUGGUGAGGAAUGCACACCUGCCGUUGUAUCAGUAGUACAACACCAGAGUGAUGAUGAAUUGCCUCCAAAUCUCUGUAGUAACAUAGUACAGUGGGAGCCACUUGCUGUAUGUUCUCCCCUUGCCAUGCGCAUACGAUGUGACUUCCAUGGGACAUCCCAGGUGUUAAUGAGGGGGUGAUUAAUGAAGAUUGCUGAGACCUUGCAAGGACCUUGCAUGGUGCCGUCAAGGAAUCGUGGUACCAAAACAGUGGCUCCUACUGCAUGUGCAGAAGGGGAGGGCAUGGGGUAUCCUCCCAAACACAAGCCACCCAACAAUUCUCCUUUAGGUGCGUAACAAAUGACGUACAGUAGUACCAAUGAUUUGUGUUGUCAAAUGAUUGUUCUAAUACGUACAUGUAAUAAGAGGUGUCUUCUGUAUAUAUUUGUGAUUCCAAAUUUACUGAAAGAAUAUUUUGAAUGUUUUUUUUUUCUUUCUUUGUAAUGAGUUGCAGAUGGUUGCAUACAGUCGGUCGAUUGUGCUCUAGAAUGAGGCUUGAUGACACAACGGGGAGAGAAAAAAAGAGAUCUAACGUGGAAUGUCGCUCAUACCUUUUUAUAACUGCCUUAAGCAGCCGAGAGUGUCUCUGUUUGAGUUAUGUCUUAAAGUGUGUGCGUGUGUGAGAGAGGUCACACAAAACAGUGUUUUUUAUUCGGUCUGGCACUACUGAUAACUGCACAUCUCCUUAUGUUUUGUUGUUGUCUGUUUGUAUAAUGGAUGGUUGGUUUUGAAAUGAAUAUUGAAAUUUGCCCUUUUCGGUUUGCCAUUCGCCCCUAGGACAGGACAGAAGGUCAAUUGCCACCCCACAAUGCCGUUUUCUUUGGUCAAGAACACAAGGAGAAUAUUUAUUUGUCACCUGCUUGCAUAGCGGUACUGGGUGGGGUGGAGUUGGACAUUGAUAGGCAGUGGCAUAGUGACAUUGAUAUUGUCAGCCUAUACUGUGCAAGUGUCAUCUCUCUCUCUCUCUCUCUCUCUCUCUCUCUCUCUCUCUCUCUCUCUCUCUCUCUCUCUGUCCGGUGAGAGUGUGGUGGUUGGUUGGUAUGGCGUCUUCUCUUUUCUUCUUUUUCGUUCUUUCUUUCCGUGUCUCAGGGCCGAGUGCUCUCUGCCACGUGCCCUGCUCCCAUGAUGCCCCUGGGGAGUUCCAAUCUGUUUGUCUGUCCUGGCCCUUCACUCUGGCAGCCAUCGACACAGUGUGCGUGCGUGCGUGCGUGCGUGCGUGCGUGCAGGGGCGCUGCCAGAAAUGCUGGGCCCCAUGAAAGAUUUGAAUUUUGGGCCCCCUUAAGGGCCCCUCUCAGUGCUUGGCCCCCCUUAAGGGCCCCUAUCAGUGCUUGGGCCCUUAGAAUCUGUCCCACUUUUCCCCCCCUAGCGGCCCCCAUGCGUGUGU